GCACGAAAAUAUUAGUAUCACACGGCAGCAGACGCCUCAUAACGGUAAAGAAGAGAGUAUAAAGUGCCAUUGAUGAAGAAACGAGACAAAAUUGUGAAGUUACUAGACGUCAAAAUUAUCAUUGAUCGCUGAAAAAAAUGUGCGUGAACUUCAAUGACUUCAUAAUCUACGGAGCACAAGUACGAGCUGGUACGAGGUAGUACGAGCAUUUAACAGUGGGUAACCUGUGGCGCAUGAAAGUUCAUUCUUCUUGCUAUGUGACUAUGUGACACUUCAAGUCUUCAGUCGGGCCGUGUUGCGGGUCAUGAAAGGGUGAUGGAUCCACUAAUGGCAGGAGAGUUGCGUAAAGGAAGGUUUAUGGUUCCAGUUCAACCAAGACCACUUCUGUAUUUACGUAUAUUAGAAAACUCCACAAUGUUCUAUUGCGAUAUUGAAAUUCACCAACGAUGGAAGAAAGAAAACUUACAAACUCCUGUGACACUUUGGCAAGGUUAAACAAGAAUGAACAUAAAUUAUAUGAAAAUCAAAAUCAUUGUAUCAAACCAUUAUCUAUCACAUUUGAUGAAGAAGAUGCCGAAAUAAUAAACCACAAAGAUUCUAUUAAUGAUUCAACAAAACUCAAUUAUUGCAAUAAUUCCUCAAAAGCAUUAUUAUAUACUAAGGAACCUCAAAAUUCUCAAGAAAAAGAACCACCCUCACCAACUACUCUACAAUGGGGUAGAGCUAUAGCUGAAGUAAAAGAACAUGCUGUAGCAAAAUUACAAGAUGAACUCAAAAGAGCACAUGAGGAGUUAAAAUUGAAAGAUGAAGAAGUUACAAGACUUUCAAGAAUUAAGCAAGAUGUUGAAGUUGAAUUGGAGGAACUCACUGCCAGUCUCUUUCAAGAGGCACAUAAUAUGGUGCGAGAAGCAAAUAUUCGUCAAGCUACCGCAGAACGUCUAUUAGAAGAAAGUCGUAUGAAAGCUGAAGUUUUAGCUGCUGAAGUGGCAGCUUUAAAAACAUUGGUAUUAACUUCGACGCCGGCUAAACCAAACUUUCAUUUACAUCCGCAAAUUGAUACGAAAAGUCGUCCUAACAAUGAGGAUAAUCAGCAAGGACUUUUUGCAAGAAAACAUAGAAGAUCACCAUCACAUUUCAAUUUAAAAUAUGGUCGAGAGAGUUCUCCACCAGAUUCUCCACUAAAAGAACAAAGACCAUCUUUACCAUCAGAUCGAGAAACAUUAGAAAGAGAUUGGAAAAAAGAUUCAGAAAAAGAGAAAGACAAAGAAUGCAAAGAUUUUGGUCUUGAAGUUGAUCCUAGAGUACAUACAGAAUUUCUUAAAUGGAAAGCCAAUCCAUGUGUAGAUAAAGGUGAUCCUUUCGUUGACAGAAUUUUUAAAGAAGAUAUCGAUCUUUGUCUUGAUUUUCCUAACAAAGAAUUGGGUACAAAAGUUAGACAAGCUGUUCUUGAUGGCAUCAUUUUUAUCGAAGCCAUCAGUGAUAAAACUAAAUUCACUUUUCCAAAAAAAUGUGUAUUACUUGAAGCACCACGUCAAUGUUAUUAUCGAAUGAGACUUGGGGAUCAAGAAAAUCAGUGGUAUAGCAUAUCACAAAUCUGUCGCAAUCGAAUCAUAGCGGUCUGCGAUUUUUUGAAUUAUUUACGCUAUAUUGAGCGUGGCCUUGUUAAAAGCUCAGUUCACGAUGUUUAUUGGGAAAUUACUCGAUUACGAAAGGAAAUGGCAUUUGCUCGUUUGGGCCUUGCAUUAUCAUCUUAAAUGCUUUCCAUGGAGGACUUUUUCUAGUCUUAAAUGUAACAAAUUAGGCCAUGGACUUGUUAUUAUUCAUUUAUAAUUAUGAACUGUAGGUUGUUCAAAAAUUUUAAUCGUUCCAACUCGAUCUCUUUUUUUAUCUAUUGAUCGAGAUUUUUUUAGAGUAAGUGUUAAAGUUUUAAUAUAUGAAAGCUCUCAGAUUCCUCUAUUAUAGCGUAAAACGCUUUGAGUUAUUUAAGAAGAGAAAAAGAAUUUAUACAAAUCAAUCUAUGAAUCUUUUUGAUUGAGAUUAUAAUUCUUAAAGUAUCAACAUAUAUUUUAUUUAUAAACGUAAUAUAUUAAAGAUUUCUUUAUCGAUCUGAAAUUCAUACUAUAUUAUUUUCUAAUAAAAAUAUGUUUUAAUCAGUUUUAAAGUGCAAUCAAGUAUUUCUAAGAUAUUGGGGAACAUGGUGCCUUUUGACUUUUCGCUUAUUAAUAAUGCGUGAUUAGUUUUUAGUUUAAGCUUUAAAGUAUAAUGAUGACUUAAUCACAACACAUAAAAAAAAAUGAUUACAUUAGUUUUCUAAUUUAUUAGCAAUUAUAAUUAUCUUUUUUAAAUUGUAUAAUGGCAGCAAAUAAUAUAAGCCAUUGUUUUAUUCAAAAAAAAGUAUAAAUGUUGUAAUUUAAAAAAUCAUAUAGAGAAAAAUUUCUAAAAUUUUUUUUAAAUUAUUUUUAUUUAUUUAUAUAUAUAUACCUUUGGACAUAACAAAUAAGAUUCUAAAUUUAUUUUUAAAAAAAUUUUGCAAUUUAAUAUAAAAUUUAAUAUAAACGUAUCAUUGAACAUUGAAGCACUAAAAUUUUUUAUAUAUUAAA